AUGUUGAUGGGUCACACGGAUGGUCUAUCUACGCCUCGUUCCUCGAGGACCAAGCUACUUCCUUAUGCCGAAUCCGAUAUAGAUGAGGAUGACAGUGCAGGCUGUUCUGAGAAAAUACUAUACUCGGCUUCAUUUGAAGAGCUUGCAAUGAAUAUCGUUAAGUAUGACACUGUUAUAUGGCUUUCUAUAUCAAUAUUGCUGGUUUUAGCUUGGGGAGUUGGCAUCAUCAUGCUGUUAUAUCUGCCCUUUAAGAGAUAUGUUCUUCAAAAGGAUAUUUCCUCGCGCAAACUAUAUGUUACACCUACUGAGGUAGUUUACAAGGUUUCAAGGCCAUCUUUCAUACCCUUCUGGGGCAUCACUACAAUUGAGAAGCAUGUACCCCUUUCCCUGGUGAUUGAUAUCAUUAUAGAACAAGGUUGCUUGCAGUCAAGGUAUGGAAUUCAUACGUUUAGAAUUGAAAGUAUAGCACAUGGAAAAGCUGCGGCUGUAGAUGAACUACAGGUUCAAGGGGUUUCUAACCCUAGUGGUUUGAGGAAGGUCAUCAUAACAGAAGCUGCAAAAGCCAUACAAGAUAGUGGUAUAAGUUGGAAGCCUACUGCUCCCACUGCUGAAGGGGAAAGUGUGGCUCGCACUGGAUCAUUGAGUGAGGGACCUGCUGUUUUGAGAUCACCAUCUAAAAGCUUAAAGAUGGCAGCUUCACCACGCUAUGCCUCAAUAGAACGCAGAGGUGUAGUACCUGGGGAAUUGCUGCUUAAUAAGAUUGAAGAAGUCAAUAAAUCUGUGAAGAAAAUCGAGUUCUUAAUAGAGAAGUCUCAUACUCAGCCCGAGUGA